AUGGACGCAUCAGAGCAUUCGAGGACAGAUCAGGACAGGACCCCGAUUCCCGACAUCUCGCACGUUCCUGACCACACUCAAUCCCCGACGGAGAAUGCCCCCUUGUUUCAAGAAAUCCAACGAUACCCCAAAAUAGUGGCCUACUCGUUUGGCCUAGCCCUCGCAUUCCUUCUCACCGGCUAUGACACAGUAAUUCUCGGAACCAUCACCGCCGUCCCGUACUUCAAAAAAGAAUUUGGCGAACGAUACAAUGGCAGCUACAUCAUCCCGUCAGCAUGGCUAUCCGUAUGGAGCGCAAUAGCACCCAUUGGUUCCAUGGCCGGUGCAGCCGCAGCAGGCUGGAUGCAGGACCGCAUUGGACGUCGCUGGUCCCUGGCUUGGAGCUGUGUAAUCUGCGCAGUGGGCAUCGCGAUUGCAUUCUGCUCUUACUUACCCACGGCAAUGGACUCUCGUCGGAGUGCCUUCCUUGUUGGAAGAUUGAUUCAGGGAUGGGGAGUUGGUGGUGCUAUGGCUGGUGCUCAGACGUAUUUGUCGGAGACGGUCCCGACGAGUCUGCGUGGCUCUGCAAUGGCUCUUUCGCCGACUUUUAUGUUGUUGGGAGAACUCAUUGGGGCCACCGUGAUUUUUGCUUGUGAGAAGAAGACCUCGAUGGCUGCGUAUCUCCUGCCAUUCGGUACGCAGUGGAUCUUCACCCUGCUACCAUUCAUUUUGGCGAUUGUUCUUCCUGAGAGUCCGUCAUACUUGAUCCGGAAGGGGGAGUAUGAUCAAGCUCACACUGCGAUGAAGUCCUUGCACGGCUCCCAUGUUGAUGUUACGCCGCUCCUGGCCCAGUUGCGUGUCUCAAUUGCACAUGAGCAGCAACUGUCCAAUGAACUCUCGUACCUUGACUGCUUCAAGGGAAUCAACCUUCGCAGGACUGCAAUUGUGUCAUUUGCGUUCAUGGUGCCUAGUCUGUUUGGUGUGCCGCUUCUGGCCAGUGCUAGCUAUUUCAUGCAGGUGGUUGGUAUGUCUUCGAGUACCAGCAUCAUUGUUCUCAUCUUGGGUAUUGUGCUAGGUCUCUUGGGAAACGGAGUUGGUGUCUGGCUUAUGAGUCGCUUCGGAAGGCGACGCCCGAUGCUUAUCACGCUCGCAAUCACAACCGCCUUGUGGACGAGUAUGGGAAUUGCUGGCUGUUGGGCUGGUAUCACCGUUGUCUGGUACACCGCAGCUUGUAUGAUGGCAGUAGUCGUGGUUUGCGGAAUGGGCGCGUGGCCAGCAUCUUUCGCAGUGGCUGGUGAAGCAUCCAACCUCCGUCUCCGUGCUAAGACACAGGGUGUAGGCGUGCUGUGCUACAUGCUGUCCAAUGUCGUCUUCAACCUUGUGCUCCCUUAUAUCUACAAUCCGGAUGCAGGUGAUCUCAAGGGAAAGACUGGAUUUGUCUAUGGCGGACUGUGCCUAUUCGCCUUUGUUGUGACUUGGUUGACUGUUCCUGAGAUGAAGGGCCGCACCGCUCUGGAGAUUGAUACCAUGUUUGAGAGCAAUCUUCCUUGUCGCCAGUUCAAGAACUGGUCUGCUGACAUUGUCGACCCGAAAGCGGGCGCUGUAUAA